GCUAAAGGUGCAGAUCACACACCAGCUCAUCAGGGAGGAAAGACGACUGAAAGAGAAACGAAGUGAGGGAAGAAGUCUUCAGAGAUGGUUGGUUAGCAGAGUCGCCUCAUGUGGAUCAGACACUCAAGGAGUACAAAACUCAUUCUACAUCCAUCCAUCCCUCCAGUCGCAGUUUGUUCUCAGGUGUAGAUGAAACAUGAACAGCUCCUGGCUUUUCCUGAUUAUGGCGGCUGCCAUUUUUGUCUCCAUGGUGCUCCUGGCUUUCGUCUGUCUGGACUGCAGAAUAAAUGGCCCACCGGUUUCCAUCAGCCAAGGAAAUGCGUCAGAUGAAUACAUGCCAUCCACUAAUUUCAGAGUCAUCCAUCCAUACCAGCCAAGCAUUGAUACGAACUCCAUCCACCCUUCAUCCAGCCUGCUGUCACCUUUCUCACCUUCAACUGAUCCUGGAACUCAGAGGAGACAUCGAUCCUUCACCCCGACAGAUAUUCAAAGUAAUCCAAGCUAUGAGAAUCCAGUUGGUGGACCUGAUUACAUAAACACUGAGAGUGAUCAAGAAGACCCUGGAUACAUAAUUGUGUUGCCUGAAGGUGAGACUCCUCUGACCAAUCUGAGCCGAGCUUCGACACCCAGUUCAGAUGUUCUACAUGAUUAUGAGAAUGUCCCAGAGAAGAAAGAGGACAGAGAUUACCUGAAUGUUGAGCUGCUGCUCCUUCAACGAUCAACAUCAGACUUGUCCGCUCAGAGCAGCAGCAGUAGUGACAAUGAUGAUGAAGAUGACGAUGAUGAUGAUGAUGAUGAGGGGAACUACGUCAAUCAGCCACCGAUGCUUCCCUGCUAGCCCAGUGCAUGAUGGGACACAGACUGACCGUCCACAUCUUUCACCCUCUUCAUUUUCCUGAAGAUGAUGAUGACGACUUUCACUUGAGAACAGAUCACCUUUCAUUCUCAGUUCCUGACGACAGCUGAGGGUACUCGUCUUACACAGACAGGAUUUGAGGAGCCGUGGGGUCUCAGUUUUCAUCAGACGUCUGACAGCAGGAGCACUGAUGUAGAUCCAGACACUUCUAAUUGUGUCUGCAUGGAGGCAGAAAUAUGUAAACACACGGUUUAAUCAGGAUUUUAAAGCCAUGUGUGCAAGUGGUUGUACUUUCAUAAUCUCCCAAACCAACCCUCUAUAGAAGCUCUAUUCACACAUGCCCUAAACUAUUGGAAUAUUGUUGCACAUUCGAAUGCAGAUAGCAUCAUUUUUCGUCUCAAUUGUUUGGAACUUUUUCCUCCAUCGUAAAAUUUGCUCAAGCUGAUGAACGCAGCCGGAUCUCACCUGGCAGUGAUGAUGUACACAUGGUCCCCAACCGAUGUGAUCUUCUGAAGCUUAUUGAAGCUGCUUCAUUUUCUUCCUGCUCACCAGCAUGUUUCAUUCCCAUUCCGUCUUUGAUACCGUGACGACGUCCAAUUAAACAUAGCAUUCAUAUAAAGGCAAAAGCUGUAGGACGUUUUCAUAGUGACCACUGCAGCAUCCUUCAGCGUCAUUCCUUGCCUCCGACUCCCCCCCCCUGCUGUGAGGGACACGUAUGAUUCGCAACUUGGGAAGAUUUCUAAGGGUAGGCCGUCCUUAACUUUAUUAAAAUCCUCCUGAGGGCAUGUGUGAAAAGGGCUAGAGUGAGACCUGGCCUAAUUCUUUAGUUUUUACCCUCAAAUUCAGCAAAAAUGUACGGUUUCAAAAUAUUAGUGUCAACUUAGACAGAGAGUUACCUGUUACUGAACACUAAAUUUAAAUCCAUAAUAAUCCUAACAGUUGAGUCCAGUCCACAAACCGCCAACAUUGUAGUUCCAUCUGAUGUCGUUUACAGUCAAUCUCUCACCAGGAAUCAGUCCAACAAAUUUUACUUUUGCAGAAUUGUUUCAUUAUUUUUUAUCUAAUAUGUAGAAUUCUUUAUUUUUUUUAAUCCUGUUAUCCUCUAUCUUUUUUUUUUGUACCAUGUUUAAUACUUUGAUUUUACUGACAACUCCUGAGAAUGUCUACAACUUAAAUUUUUUAGUGUAUUUAUGAGUCGAUGAUGUCAUAUUCGCAUGUCUCUGUUAUCUGCCUGUUACUUCAAUUCAAUUAAAUCUUAACAAAGCUGAAGACACUUCUAGAUUGUAAAUGUUAAUGAACAAAGCCUGAGUGACGUCACAGAUCUGUUACUGCAGCAGAAGCCAUCCUGGAUUUGCUGUCUCACCCUGACAACAGGCUUUAGCUACAGCUGAGGUUUUUUUUAAGCCUCUGGAAAAACUGUUACAUGGCGCCCUGCGGUCAAUCAGGUCAACAACACGCCCUUUUGCGAAUAAUGCUUAUCCUUCAUAAAAUAAAAACUGA